CAACAGAUGUAAACGUAUCUGUGAAUGUGUAACGUAAUUGAAUACAUAAUACUAGGAAAGAAAAACAUUAUUUGAGUGAUAAACUACAGAAACUUACUUAAGUUUGUAUCUCAGAUAUCCAUAAGUCUAAGAAGAUAAGACAUCUGAGUAAACUUUUUAAGUCUUAGCUACCUUCAUCUACCUACCUUUACUCUUCAUCUUUUCAUUUAACAAAUCUAUCUGUUAACUUCAACUUUCAAAUAUCUAUACCCUCUCUAUAUCUUUCAGAUGAUCCUUCAACAAUCAUCCAAACUUCUAAUACUUCUUCUAUUCCUUGCUAUCUCUUCAAAAAUGACUCAAGGUCUAAAUAGCAUCAUAAAUGAGCUAAACCAACGUCUUCUGAUAUCCACAAACUUUUUGUUCUGCAACCGAUCUGAUAUACUAGAUGAAUACGAGAUCAAGUAUCUCCGUAAAAUGCCACCCAUGAACCUGAUGAUCUUCACUUCCAUCAAGUCCUUUAACGUCACUCAACUUGAAUACAAUUUGGGAGCUACAAACAAGCUCUUCAUGAUCCUGGGCAAUGAAAAACCACCAUAUGACUUCUUUAAUACUUUGGAUUUACAUUUUCAGCAAGCGGAAUUUGUUAUGGUAAUAGAUGAUAUCUUAGAUCUUAAAAGGGACACCAAAUGGUCGGACUUUGUAAGAUACCUAUGGCAGGAAGGUUAUGUAAAUUUGCUAUUUUACACCUCCUAUGAUGAUAAACUAUAUCACAAAAUCAUAUUUCCGGAGUUGCUGAUAGAGGAAGCAUCUAUUGAAAAGUAUAUAGCCAUUAGAGGAUCUUUCAAGGACAUUUAUGGUUAUCCGGUUAAAGUUGCCGCUUAUAACAAUGCCCCACGCACUAUGCUUUAUCAGAAUCGCUGGGGCAAAAAGGUGUUCGCCGGUUUCUAUAUGCGAUUUAUUCGGGCUUUUAUAGGCUAUAGGAAUGGAAGCUUUGUGCCAGUUUUAACGCCAAGUAAUUCCCCUGGAAAUUGUACACUAAACUUACGCAAUGAAACGGUGGAUGUAUGCGCCGAUGCCUUGGCAGCAAACCCAGCGGCAUUCAGUUUAACCCAUGGAUUCAGGAUAGCCUCGGCGAAUGUUUUGGUGACCCAUGCGAAGCCCCUGCACUCCUAUCGCUAUCUAACAGCUCCAUUUCAAUGGAGCGUAUGGCUUUGUUUGGCCUCAUAUGUGAUCCUGGUGGUGAAUUUGCUCAGCUUCAUACACUGGUUUAGAUGUGGCAAAUGGGACUUUAGUAAGCACCUCCUAGAGGUCUUCAGUUCACUUUUAUUCAGUGGUUUCUACCUCAAGGAGAUUCAGGGAAAAGAAAGAUACAUACUCUUUGGGGUGCUAUUCAUAGCUGGAUUUGUCUACUCCACCGAGUAUCUGGGAUUGCUCAAGAGCAUGUUGAUCUCGGAGGUAUUUGAAAAGCAAAUUGAUACCUUUGAAGCCUUGGUGGAUAGUAAUAUAACCCUGAUGGUUGAUCCCUAUGAUAAAACGUUAUUCGCCAAGUACAACAUGCCUAAGAUAUUGGAGCCCAUCAUGGAGCUAGUCAGCUUUGAGACACUCUUGGAACAUAGAAAUCGCUUCGAUCAGGAUUAUGCUUAUAUACUGUUCUCAGAUCGAAUGGCACUCUACGACUAUGCUCAGCAGUUUUUAAAGCAUCCGAAACUACUAAGGAUUCCCAUUGACUUCUCGUUCCUUUACACUGGCAUCCCAAUGCGGAAGAGAUGGUUCCUGAAGCAUCAUUUGGGCCAGGCCUGGUACUGGGCCUUCGAGAGUGGUCUUACGAGGAAACUGGCCUUGGAUGCCGACUUCGAGGCGGUUCGCGUGGGCUAUCUGAACUUUCUCAUCACGGAGCAUUUAGAGGCCCAACCACUGGAUGUGGAUUAUUUCGUCAUGCCAGCGAUUGCUCUGGCCCUCGGCUACAUCCUGGCCCUUUUAAGUUUUGUCAUCGAGAUGACGGCCUGGCGCAUAAGGGAAUUCUUGGGAUGGAAGUUGAAUAUGGGGAUGAGUACCUGUUGUCCAGGAGGCGGUUAUGUUGAUGUUGAUUGAGUGACGGAUUGA